CAGGAAUCGGAUGCAAUCCUAGAACAUUCUGAAACUUAUCGCAGCGAUGUGGUCAAUGUCGGACGUCAGGUACUUUCUGACAGCUUCAGAGAGGAAUACAUGGCUCUCAUGCGAACCAUCGAUUCAAAAACUUCGUCUGUGGCAGAGCGACAGCGCAAGGUCAAGGCCCACAGAGACGCCAUGCACACACUGGUCUCAGAUCUCCAUGUCUUACUUUCCACCGACAGACAGACUAUGUUAGGUCCGUGGAUUGCUGAUGCACGGCGAAUGGGUCACGGAGAUGCUAACAUGACGGCCCUUCUCGAGUUCAACGCCCGCAAUCAGGUCACUAUGUGGGGGCCAGACGGCGGACUACAGGACUACGCGGCUAAGCUGUGGGCCGGGCUGUUGCUGGAUUACUACUGGCCGAGAUGGGAGUUCUAUUUCAAAUACUUGCAAUGCUCUAUAGCCACUGGGAAGCCGUUUGACCAAAACGCCUAUGACAAGGAACGACGGGUGCAUGAGAAACGUUGGCAAACGCAGCCAAACACAUACACUACUAUGCCCGUGGGGGAGCCUGUGUUUAUUAGUCGAUACAUAUACCUCAAACACUACUACUACCAGUAGCUAGCCUAGUAUGUGUGACCCGCCGUGAUGGCGUUGGAUUGGCAGAACUAGGCCUUGGCGCAACUAGGUCUACCUUUAACGUAUAUAGUUAUACUUGCCAGUGUAGCUGUCACGCGUGAAAGGAGGGAUGGCUUCGAUCUCUUCAGCCAACCGGGAGAUUCAGUUACGCGCUGCAUG